AUGGCUGAACCAUCAGACUUGCCCGGCAACACCGAAGGGUCCAACGGGACAAGAAAAUCUUCGGAUCAUCAGACCACUGCCCUCUCACCUAAUAAAGACGUGGGCCUCGGAUACUGGAACAACGUUGAGUGCAAUGUUGAUGGAAUGCUAGGCGGCUUCUCUGUUGUGUCCAGGAUUGAUCUUCAAAGUUCGCGCAACUUCCUGGCAAAGUUAGGCAUUGGAGCUAAACCGGGACUACGUGUAGUCGAUCGAGCUCUGGAAGGUGGCGCUGGCAUAGGACGAGUCACGGAAGGGCUCCUUCUCAAGGUCGCAAAGACUGUGGACAUUAUUGAACCUGUGAUCAAAUUCACUGAUACCAUUAAAGGAAAAGAUGGCGUCUGUAAGAUUCACAACGUUGGAUUGGAGGAGUGGCGACCGACACAGGAUGAUCAAUACGAUCUGAUCUGGACCCAGUGGUGUGUAGGACAUUUGAGCGAUGCUCAGCUGUUGCAGUACCUCAAGGAGUGCAAAUCAGCACUCAAGCCCGGGACUGGCCUUGCAGUUGUCAAGGAGAACCUCAGCACGAUAGAUGUUGACAUGUUUGAUGAAAUAGAUAGCAGUAUUACAAGACGUGAUGACAAGUUCAGAAGUCUUUUCGCAGAAGCGGGAUUGGCUAUUGUCAGGACGGAAUUACAGAAGGGCUUCCCCAAGAGUAAUCUAGGUAAAUUGCUGCCGGUACGCGUCUAUGCCUUGAAACCGGUAUCAUCCGCUUCUUGA